AUGUCUGAAAAGGAGAUAGGCACUCGUGAUCAACAACAGAAUGUUGAACGCCGGAAAGAUGGGGCGUACAUUCCCCCACAUCGAAGGCAACAAGGGUUAAGAGAAGAUCCUAAUACUAACUUGACAAACCUGUCAGGGAAUCAAGGUAAUUUUUACAAUGGCCAAAGAAACAAUUCCGGUAGGAACAAUAUUGAUGGCAAACGUAAUGAUCAGGGUGGAAAUUUAGGUUUCAGGAAACAUAAUAACUCCUUCAAUGACUCAAGUAUGAAUGUGGACCGAUUUAAUGCGUUGGGUGAGAGGCAGUCGAACACCUCCAACUCCAAGUACCAAUAUAAUGGAGCUCUAGGAGGUAAUAGUGAUCGAUUUGGAAAUCUGAACGAAAAACCUCAGGAAAGAGGUUACAACAAAUACUACAACAGGAAUCGUAUUGGCGUUUCUGGUACAGGUUGGGACGUAAGAGAUGGAAGAUCACUUUAUCGUGAUGAUGAAGACAAAAUAUUUUCAAAGUCAAAAGAACACAGAGCAGGAAUCAAUUUUGAUGCAUAUGACAACAUUCCAGUAGAAAUGACUGGCUCGGAUACAAAUAAGAUCAGGCCGAUGCAAAGUUUCAUGGAGCUUGAAGGAAUACACGAAAUAUUGUUAGAUAACAUUAGAAGAGUUAAAUACGAGAGGCCAACCCCAGUUCAGAAAUUCUCUAUACCCACUGUUUUACAUGGGAGAGAUUUGAUGGCAUGUGCCCAAACUGGAUCCGGUAAAACGGCGGCGUUUCUAUUUCCAAUUGUAAUGAAGAUGCUUAACGACGGUCCACCUCCAACUCCCCAACAAUCUUCUUUAAGAAUAAAAAGAAUGGCAUACCCAGUUGCUCUGGUUCUAUCUCCAACCCGUGAACUUGCCAUACAAACUUAUGAAGAAUCUAGGAAAUUCUGUUUUGGAACUGGCAUUCGAACUAAUGUACUAUAUGGUGGAAGUGAAGUUAGAAGCCAAAUAAUGGACUUGGACAGGGGUUCAGAUAUUAUAGUAGCAACUCCAGGUAGGCUUAGAGAUUUAAUUGAUAGAGGAAAGGUUAAUCUCAAAUUAAUUAAAUUUUUAAUUCUGGAUGAGGCUGAUCGAAUGCUUGAUAUGGGUUUUGCUCCUCAAAUCAGGGAAAUUGUAGAGGAUUCGGAUAUGCCUCAUAGUCUUGAUGGUAGACAAACUGUUAUGUUCAGUGCUACUUUUCCACGUGAAAUACAACAACUUGCAAAGGACUUCCUGCAUAACUACAUCUUCUUGACCGUUGGAAGGGUUGGUGCAACCAGUGGUUCCAUUGUUCAACGUGUUGUAUAUGCGGAGGAAGACCACAAACCUCGUUUGCUAGUUAAAUUAUUAUUAGAACAGGGCGAAGGGUUAACUGUCGUUUUUGUAGAAAUGAAGCGCAGGGCGGAUCAGAUUGAGGACUUCCUAAUUGACCAAAAUUUCCCUGCAGUAUCAAUUCAUGGAGAUAGAUCACAGCAGGAGCGUGAGCAUGCAUUGAGACUUUUUAGAAGCGGUCAGAGACCGAUUCUUGUGGCUACUGAUGUUGCUGCUCGUGGGCUUGAUAUUCCAAAUAUUACUCAUGUAAUCAAUUUGGAUAUGCCCUGCAACAUAGAUGAUUAUGUACACAGAAUAGGAAGAACGGGUAGGGCAGGAAACACAGGUUUGGCUACUUCUUUUGUCAAUGAGAGUAAUAAACCUAUAUUAAGAGAUUUGCUAGCAGCAUUGGAAGAAAGUGGGCAGGAUGCCCCCGAAUGGUUUCAAGAUAUGGUCAAAUCAUGUACGGCUUCGUUCGGGAGAUAUGGUAGUAGAUUUAACAAGGGCGGAGUAUCUAAUUCUCAAAGAGGAAGUAGAGGGUUGCAUAGCUUUGGAAGUGUGGACAUUAGAAGUAAUCAGGGAGGUAGUAACUACAAUUCCGUAAAUUCAGGCUACAGUUAUUCUGGAAAUAACUCGAGCUCUGGAAAUCAAGGUUCUAGCAAUGAACAGUGGAGGAACAAUAGAAAAGGUUUAGGUAACCACUCCUACAAUGGGAUAUCUGGGAACGGGAAUAAUGCUUCUCACUCUAAAGUUUCCAACAGAGACUUUGAUCAUGAUGAUGCAUGGUAA